UGAUGACCCUGAUGGAAUUCCUUUUGGUGUUGAGCAACAACCGAUGUUAUUGAGUGUUUUUUUCGAAAAAGACGCAGAGAAUAUUAGAGCCCUAUCUCGCUACCUUGACAGAAGGUCGUUGGUGAUAAAGAACUACGAAGACCUAGCAAACCGCUUGAAUGCCCCUACGUUAAUAAAAGCGAAGUGCAAAAGCAACACCACCGAACACAGUCCAACAUUAGAUCUCAUGCAGUCGCCUAAGGUUUCGACUCUUAAAGUAAAUGUGCUGGUGAGAAAUUUAAGGGCGAUCUCAAGAAAUGAUGUGGCCAAUCUAAUAGAAAAAGGAAUUCCUGAAAAUCAAAGGGAAUGGCUUAAUGUAAAAGACGCAAUAAAUGACUACGGGGAACUGUUUGAUGAAGUUGCAAGUAAGCUUGAUCCAAAAUCUAUAAAUGACUGGAAAAUUCUUGGCCGCAAACUUGGAUUUCAAUUUGACGAGCUGAAACAGAUUGGAUUAGGGUGCAAUCCAACAGAACGUCUUUUGGUGGACUACGUGUAUACAACAAUGAAUCCAGAGGAAUUGACAGUAGCACGGUUCCGACAUCUCAUGGAAGAAAUAGAAAAACCCAAUCUUCUCCGAAAAUCUGGAAUCAAUGAAAGACUCUAUCAUCGUUGUAGAAUAAGAUACUAUCAGACAUCGAGAAGCAUCUCUUUCUUCAUGAUAGAGUCAUGGUUGUAGUUGAAUGUUCUGUUCCUAGCUGCACCUUUAAGACACAGGAUGUCACAGACGCCGUCGCCGUUGCACUACUAAAUAACCAUGGGCUAGCACACAGAGACACUGCCACAACGCUCC